AUGGUUUUCCAAAAGGAAGUUAAGAGCUCCGCGUACCACUCCCGUUUCCAAACUCCCUUCAGAAGAAGAAGAGAAGGUAAGACCGAUUAUUACCAAAGAAAGAGAUUGGUCGCUCAACACAAGGCUAAGUACAACACCCCAAAGUACAGAUUGGUGGUCAGAUUCACCAACAAGGACAUCAUCACCCAAAUUGUGUCUUCUACCAUCACCGGUGACAUUGUUCUAGCCGCUGCCUACUCCCAUGAGUUGCCAAGAUACGGUAUCACCCACGGUUUGACCAACUGGGCUGCCGCUUACGCUACCGGUUUGUUGGUCGCCAGAAGAACCUUGCAAAAGCUUGGUCUUGACGAGACCUAUCCUGGUGUCGAAGAGGUUGAGGGUGAAUAUCAAUUGACCGAGGCUGUCGAAGACGGUCCUCGUCCUUUCAAGGUCUUUUUGGACAUUGGUUUGCAAAGAACCACCACUGGUGCCCGUGUCUUCGGUGCUCUCAAGGGUGCUUCCGACGGUGGUCUUUACAUUCCUCACUCUGACAACAGAUUCCCAGGCUGGGACUACGAAGCCGAGGAAUUGGACGCUGAGAUGUUGAGAACUUACAUCUUCGCUGGUCACGUUUCCCAAUACAUGGAAGAACUGGCUGACGACGAUGAAGAAAGAUUCAGAGAAUUGUUCAAGGGUUACUUGGCUGACGACAUUGACGCUGACGCUGUCGAAGACGUCUACAUGGAGGCUCACGAAAAAAUUAGAGAGGACCCAUCUUUCAAGCCAACCGAGAAGAAGUUCACCAAGGAACAAUACGCUGCUGAGUCCAAGAAGUACAAGCAAUACAAGUUGUCCAAGGACGAGAGAAAGGCUCGUGUUGCUGCCAAAAUCGCUGCUUUGGCUCAAUAA